UUUUGUCAUUUUAUUGACGAUUGAUGUGACACUUGUCAUUUUUGUUCGUAAAUAGGACUUGGAAAGAAAAAAUUAUCGUUUUAAAAAUAUCCGGAAUAGUUAUCAAAUUGUAAAACAGUUCAUGUUAUUCUAAUAGGUAAUCAUUUCAAUAUGAACGAAAAAGAGGUCAAAGUUUGCAGAUUAUGUUUGAGGCUUCUAUUUAGGGAAAAAUAUUUUGACAUUAACUAUGUUGAACCAAUUUCUGGAUUUAUGCCAUUUAGGGAUCAAAUUACAACUUGUAUGCCCGAACUUGCCCUGGAUAUUUUGCCAGAGUGUUAUAUAUGCCUGAACUGUGCAGAUUCCCUCAAGGCUGCAUACGAAUUCAAAAAUCAGUGCUUAUUGAUUGAAGGCAGAAUAAAACAAUACUUUGAUAGUCUAUCAAGUGAAAGUAGUUGUGAACUGUUGAAUCUAUCUAAAUUUGCUAGGCGAAUAUCAGAUGGGGAGGACUUGGAUAAAAAUGAUACUAUAAAUGUUGCCACUGAUUUAGAAUCGGAGCAUGGAAUCGAAGACACAGAAGAAGUUGUAGAUGAAUUUGUUGAUAUAACUGAAACAAAGAAGGAGGAAACAGAUAUAAUAUUGCCAUCAUUUGUAUGUGCAAUAUGUCAGGAUAUUUUCAGAACUGCUAAAGACUUGGUCAAGCAUAAAAAAACUAAUCAUAAUUCUCCAUUUGUCUGUAAUUUUUGCAAUCAAGAAUUUCGGAGCCUUUUUCUAUUGAGACAGCAUAAUACUCUUUGUAAAGAAAAAGAAUCUAAAAUACCUUGGGGUAAAGCUUCACAGAAAAGGCCACACCUUCCAGCUAAAGCAAAAAACCACCUAACAGAAUGGCUUUUUCACCAUCAACAGCAUCCUUAUCCAACAGAUUUUGAAAAACAGUGUUUGAUGAAAGAAACAAAUCUAACUUUGGUACAAGUUGAAAACUGGUUUAUCAAUGCACGACGACGAGUGCUCCUAGAUUUUUCAAAAAGGAAAAGAUUUAGUAGUAAGAUUAAAUCUCAAGUCAGUGAAUCACCUGUCGUUUCUUGAAUUUACUCAACAAAUUAUUGUUUCCGUUAAAUUCUAUACAUGAUAUAUAAUUGGUAAGUUUGAAAAAUCAAUUUUUGUUUCAAAUUUUAUGGAAACAAACAUAAUAAGUUUUGAUUAUUAUUAAUUAAUUUUUCCAUUCCACAUCUGGAUGUAGGUUUUGGAUCUAAACAUUUCAAAUUUAUUUUGUAUGAAGCUUUUUCAUUUUUUGAAACAGUAUGUUGUUCUAUUUCAUCAAUUAUUCUCUUUCAUAUAAUUGUGAUAAUUAUUCAGUUCAAUUAAAUUAUCUGUUCUAUCCUGUUCUGAAAUUGAAUAUUUUAUGCCUUGAGAU